AUGGGUUGUCUCUCAUUUUCAUGGCGUCCGUCGGAGGAUUCGGCACCAUCUCCUAUGUUCCGGGCGGAUCUUCGGACGCGCUUUGCUGGUGGAGUUCUCGGAGACGCCGUGAAGGUCGGGUCUGAUAGGUUUUUAAAUUGGGAGAUGGAGUGUGAAAUGGAGUUGCAGAGUGAGAAUGGGAGAGUGGAAGUUAGAUCAGAUGAGGGUUUAAUUGAGGUGUUAAUUAACGAUUUCAUGGCGGUUUUGGAGGAUUUGAAGGGCAGUUUGACGGCGGCGGAGAGGAAUUCCACGGCGGAGGUUUGCAGCGACGACCGGAGAUUCCAUAUCCCGUUUUAUGUCCGUCAGGUAUAA